GGCUGGGAAGUCAGAGCCCAUUGUAGUUGCACUCACUCCGGGGCUGCCAGCCCAGUGUAGCUGCUGCCUCUUGUCGCGGGUGGUGGAGGAAGCUCAGCUGCAGGAGGGAGCAGUGGCCGGGGGUCUGAUCCCUACACCUCUGCUGCAGGAGGAGCCCCCAUGGCGAGGAGAGGGGGUCUGUAGGAGCUUUAUUCCCACCACUGCUGGCUCAUCCACAAGGAACUGGCGUUCCUACUGACAUUGCCUUGCCCUGUCAUUGAUGGGAAAUCAACUGGAUCGCAUCACUCACCUGAAUUACAGUGAGCUGCCGACAGGGGACCCGUCUGGGAUAGAAAAGGACGAGCUGCGAGUUGGGGUGGCAUACUUUUUCUCUGAUGAGGAGGAGGACCUGGACGAUAGAGGACAGUCUGAGCGGUACACUGUGAGGGACCCCAGUCCCAGCGAGAUUGAGGGUCAUAUUCUACUCAAUGAGAUUGAGUUCUCAGCCUUUAGUUGCCAAGAAUGCAUCUUUUCCAAGCUCAGGGGCAGCCAAGACCUCAGCGUCUACCCUAUGCAAGGUUUGUUGACCUUCUGCAAACCAGGAGAUCUCCUGGAACUGCUCUUCAUUUGCCCCAAUGCAGACCACACUCCUCCCCCAUCACCUCACUGGGCAGUUUAUGUUGGCCAGGGACAGAUCAUUCACUUGCACCAUGGGGAGAUCCGCAAAGACAAUGUUUUCGAAGUUGGAGGAGGCUGCAUGGGCAGGGUGGUUAGCAGCUGGUAUCGAUAUAGGCCCCUUACUGCCGAGCUGGUCCUUCAGAACGCAUGUGGACACCUUGGCUUAAGAAGCGAGGAGAUCUGCUGGACUAACUCUGAGAGCUUUGCGGCCUGGUGCAGGUUUGGCAACAGGGAGUUCAAAGCUGGUGGGGAGGUCCAUUCAGGCAACCUCCAGUACUUUUUGAAGCUCCACCUGGAAGAAAACCACAUCCACACCAUGAGGUUUAGCAGUCUGGAGGAACUUAUACGGGAGAAACGCAAUUUGGAUGCUAGUGGAAAGCUAAGGGUCAUCAAGGAACUCUCCAUGAUGGAGAACAAGGAGUAAGGACGAGUCUUCUCCAUGGUGGAGAGAAAGUGACGAGGACUGGGAUGGAGAUUCCAUUCCACGAUUUGCCAAAUCAGGCUGCACCUUUUUUGGACACCUUUGUAAGGAUCAUGUCAGCAUUUCUGAAACCAGCAUUACACCAUAGCCACUGUUUGUUUUUUGGCUUUUACAACAUGGGUAUCACCACGUAUUUAAAAACAAAAAAGCAACAACAAAUCCUGAGUAUGUUGGCUGUAGUGUUGAUGUCUUAUUAAGCAUUUAGCAACAUGCUAAAUAAAAUUUCAAAUUGAAAUUUUUUAUUUUCAUGGCUUUACUCCAUGACUGUUUAACCAGAGGCCAAUAAAUUGAAUUUCUCUA